UUCUUUUCCCGGAAAUGAUUGGUUGGCAUUGGAAACCGUAGCGUUGUAGCCCGCUAGCGGUGUAAUCAGUCUGUGAUAAAGAAAUCAAAAACGAAAGUUUUAAAAGAAUUCAUCUGAGAUUAUUCUACACCUUUGCGUAUUUCUCAUCCUGACUAUUCACCAUAGAGGAGCCAAGAGUGAGUGCAGACUGCAAACAGAAUGACCAGAUGCUGUUAUCCAAAGCAACUUACAAGUCAGAAAAAAACAAAACAAAUAUUAACAGCACAUGCAGCAAAGGAUGGUGAAUAGUUACAAGCGGACUUCAAGCCCCCGGUCACCUACCAACAGUGGGGAACUCUUCACUCCAGCACAUGAGGAAAAUGUGCGCUUUAUCCAUGAAAGUUGGCAGUGUGUGCUCAGAGACAUCAGAUCAACACAAAAUAGCGAACGCAGUGACCGUGGACCACAGGAAUAUGUGGAGAAGAACCCAAAUCCUAACCUACAUGCUUUCACACCAGUGGACCUGAGUGACCUCAAGAAACGCAUCACACAGGACUCUAAGAAAUCCUAGUCUUUAUGAUGGUCCAACAGAUUUUCUUCCGUCUGUUAUCCUUGAGAACUUUGCUCCAUCAACCCUCUGUCAACCAGAAAGUCAGCCCUCUUGGACACUCAAAAUGCCAGUUUCUUUUCUACAUUAAGGACCAUAGUUCUUAUUCUCUCUCUCUCUCUCUCUCUCUCUCUCUCUCUCUCUCUCUCUCUCUCUCUCUCUCUCUCUCUCUCUCUCUCUCUCUCUCUCUCUCAGCUAUGAAGAAAAGGUCUGGGACUUCAGGGAGUUUAAAGGGGGUGUAUUAACACUGCAUUGCAUAUGUUCAUUGUUAAUGGAACUGAUGCAGAGUUUCAUCACAAUUUGCUGACAUGUUGAAGCUGAGGUACAAACUGUUGACGCUCUCCAUGAGUCACAAAAGACUGCAGUCUUACAUGCGAAACCUCUUCUUGGCUAAUACAACUUACAUGACUGGUGGAAAAUGUGAAAGGGCUGACUUAUUUUUAUUUUUUAUUUUAUUUUUCGAAGAUAGUUUGAUAGAUAAAUUGUAGAAGUAUUGAAAUGGCCACGUGGGACACAAAUUUUAUGGACAAGUUUUGGAAGCCAAAUGCAGCGUAAAAGGCCAAGCUUUUUAUUCUGAAAUCCCAUUGUCCGAAAAUGGACUUUGAAAAGUAAAGUCCACCCAGAGUUUGCUGCCCUUGAUUAAUUCCUCAGAAACUUGGCAACAAAAUGUUAAAUAAAGGACUUUUACAGUA